UCCAGCCUCCUUGCCCGGAGGAUGCAGACGCUGGGAAGAGCGAUGAGGAUGGAGGCCGGUGAGGCAGCGCCGCCGGCGGGGGCGGGCGGCUGGGGCAAGUGGGUGCGGCUCAACGUGGGGGGCACGGUGUUCCUGACCACCAGGCAGACGCUGUGCCGCGAGCAGAAGUCCUUCCUCAGCCGCCUAUGCCAGGGGGAAGAGCUGCAGUCCGACCGGGAUGAGACAGGGGCCUACCUCAUCGACCGUGACCCCACCUACUUUGGGCCCAUCCUCAACUUCCUCCGGCAUGGCAAGCUGGUGCUAGACAAGGACAUGGCCGAGGAGGGGGUCCUGGAGGAAGCGGAAUUCUACAACAUUGGCCCGCUGAUCCGCAUCAUCAAAGACCGGAUGGAGGAAAAGGAUUACACCGUCACACAGGUCCCACCCAAGCACGUGUACCGCGUGCUGCAAUGCCAGGAGGAGGAGCUGACGCAGAUGGUCUCCACCAUGUCUGAUGGCUGGCGCUUCGAGCAGCUGGUGAACAUCGGCUCCUCCUACAACUAUGGCAGUGAGGACCAGGCAGAGUUCCUGUGUGUGGUGUCCAAGGAGCUCUACAGCUCCCCACACGGGCUGAGCUCCGAGUCCAGCCGCAAAACCAAGAGCGCGGAGGAGCAGCUGGAGCAGCAGCAGGAGCAGGAGGUGCAGGUGGAGGCAGAUACGCAGGAGAAAGCCCAGUCAUCUCAGGAUCCCGCUAACCUUUUCUUCCUCCCACCACCGCCUCCUCCUCCUCCGCUCCCCGCCGGAGGUUUCUGUCUGCACCCUCUCAGACCUGAGGUGGUACUUGCAGGGAGGGCCUUUCCUGGGCCCCUCGCCGACCCCCAGAGCUGCCAUGCCUGCUGUUACAAGCCAGAGGCACCCGGAUGUGAGGCCCCAGAUCACCUCCAGGGACUUGGGGUUCCGUUCUGAAAUCCUUUAUUUUUGUACCACGGGGUGGGCCCCCGGCCCGAGGCAGCGGAAGAGCUCUCCCCACUGUCAGCUCUGUCUACACCCCGGGGGAUGUCAUUCACCCCUGCCACCGGGGUCCAGGAGGGGGCCCGCGGGGACCUCUCAAGUCCUGAGGUGGGCCCUGGGACCCCUGGGCAGAGCUGCCUGCCUGUGGCCGAAGUGUGGUGUUGUCCAGCUGUGUCUCCCAGGCCCCAGCGUCCCUGCCCCCAGGGCCCCCAGCUGCAUGGCAAAUACUCCGCUCCCCCCCAGCCCAGUCACGUCACCUCCUUGAGCCUCAGUCUCCCCGCAUGUCACCCGGGUCACGUCCUGCCCUGCCUACCUCACAAGGUUGUUGUGAGGUUACCAAGAGGGGCGAGAGCCCUGAAGGCCCUCGGGGAGGGUGUAAAACGCAGGCAUUGGUGGGGGUGAAAGGUCUGGGGGUCAACCACAUCGGAAGGAGGGGAUGGGUGACUUGGCCUUCAGCUUGGCUGCUCCCCACGCCCACGCCCACCCCGUCCCCACCAUCUGUACUGCUGGGCGCAGAGUGACCUGGCCAGGAGGGAGGCAGGCACCGAUCCAGCAGGGGCAGCGGGGCCCCUGGGGACCUGAUGACGAGGGAAAGGGGGCUGUCCUCCCUCCACCCAGGGGAGAGUCUGGGGCUGGCAGGGGCUGGGCGAGGGGCCUCUCGCGUUUAUGGGCUCCUGGGCCAGGUACUUGCUUCUCAGUUGUGUCCAACCCCGUCGUGUAAUAAAACCUGAAGAAACAGCCAGC